CUGAAAGAACGAAUACAGGGAGUGCAAAGAAAUUGUAGUUUCAGGUGUUCGUCGGAUGCACUCCGUGUAUUGUUCAUCGCCGACACCCACCUAUUAGGUGAAAGGGAGGGUCACUGGUUUGACAAACUUCGAAGGGAAUGGCAAAUGUAUCGCGCCUACCAGACAGCGCUUUACUUCCUCUCUCCCGAUGCCGUUUUCUUCUUAGGUGAUCUUAUGGAUGAGGGACAAUGGGGAGAUAAGGCCACAUUUCAGAGAUAUGCCGAUCGUUUUGAUUCUUUGUUUGGUAGCACAUCAUCUGAUGGACCACCCGUUCAUGUACUGGCUGGGAAUCACGACCUUGGAUUUCACUAUGCUAUAUCGCCUUUCCGUGUCGAUUGGUUCGAGAAACGGUUCAAUCGCAGUAUCAUUGAUACCGUUGUGUUGAAAGGUCAACCUUUUAUUCUUGUGACAUCAAUGGCCUUACAUGGCGAUGGUUGCCGAUUCUGUGAAGAAGCUGUGACAAAGCUGGAAGCAUUGUCUUAUGAAUUGGAUUGCGCAAAGCUGGACAAUUGUCCAAGGAAUGCUCCAAGUCAAUUUCAGCCUUACCGCAGACCAAUCCUUCUUCAGCAUUUCCCUCUUUACAGGAUCAACGACGACGAUUGCUUUCGUGACGAAGAUUUUGAUGAAGAUGACCCUAACAGAGGUGAUAUUUAUCGUCCUAAAUGGGAAGCCUUGUCUGAGGAAUCCACAAAUCUGAUUCUACGAAAGCUUGAACCUCGUGCAGUAUUUAAUGGUCAUACACAUAGAGGAUGCAAGAAAAGAUGGUCCCGUCCGUUCGGAGUAUUCUGGGAAUAUACGGUCAACUCGUUUUCGUGGCGUAACGGGAAUCGCCCAACCUUUCUGAUGGCGACUAUAACUAAGGAUGAUGUAUUGGUUGGAACAUGUCAUCUACCAAACGAAUCAACAGUAAUAAAUAUAUACUGUAUUAUGGCAAUAAUAACAGUUAUAUGGAUAUCACGAUCUCUACUAGUGGCACGAUAUCCUGGCGUUUUACGACGUUACAGAUCUCAUUCUGGUUUCAACAAACUCAUCAAAUCUGGAUAA